GUGCUCCUGGGUUCUGGCUGCAGGCGUGACUUUGAGGGCUUGCCGGUGCAUUGCCAGCGGCUGAGCCGACCCGGAGCUGCGGAGCUUUUACGCCUGAUCUGCGCUUGCCAUGAGGCUGCUGGGCGCCGCCGCGGACGCUGCUCUAGGGCGCGGGCCGUUUCCGCGUGUCCUUGGCGCCCUGGGCUGGCCGGGAAAGCAGGUUUAUUGGAAGGCCUGUCGAUGGUGUUCAUCAGGAGUAAUUCCUAAUGAGAAAAUACGAAAUAUUGGAAUCUCAGCUCACAUUGAUUCUGGGAAAACUACAUUAACAGAACGUGUGCUUUAUUAUACUGGCAGAAUUGCAAAAAUGCAUGAGGUGAAAGGUAAAGAUGGAGUUGGUGCUGUCAUGGAUUCCAUGGAAUUAGAGAGACAAAGAGGAAUCACUAUUCAGUCAGCAGCCACAUAUACCAUGUGGAAAGAUGUCAAUAUCAACAUUAUAGAUACUCCUGGACAUGUGGACUUCACAAUAGAAGUUGAAAGAGCCCUCAGAGUGUUAGAUGGUGCCAUCCUUGUUCUCUGUGCGGUCGGAGGGGUGCAGUGCCAGACCAUGACUGUCAAUCGGCAGAUGAAGCGCUACAACGUGCCUUUUCUAACUUUCAUUAACAAACUGGACCGACUGGGCUCUAACCCAGCCAGGGCCCUGCAGCAAAUGAGGUCUAAAUUGAAUCAUAAUGCAGCGUUUGUACAGAUACCCAUUGGCUUGGAGAGUAACUUUAAAGGCAUCAUAGAUCUUAUCGAGGAACAAGCCAUCUAUUUUGAUGGAGACUUUGGUCAGAUUGUGCGAUAUGGUGAAAUUCCACCUGAACUGAGGGCAGCAGCAGCCGACCACCGGCAGGAACUAAUUGAAUGUGUUGCCAAUUCAGAUGAGCAGCUUGGCGAGCUAUUCCUAGAAGAAAAAAUCCCCUCUGUUUCUGAUUUAAAGCUUGCAAUCCGAAGAGCUACUCUAAAUAGAUCAUUUACUCCUGUGUUUGUGGGAAGUGCCUUGAAGAACAAAGGAGUCCAGCCUCUUUUAGAUGCAGUUUUAGAAUACCUCCCAAAUCCAUCUGAAGUCCAGAAUUAUGCUAUUCUUAAUCAAGAGGGUGAUUCAAAAGAAAAGACCAAAAUCUUAAUGAAUUCCCAAAGAGACAGUUCCCACCCAUUUGUAGGCCUGGCUUUUAAACUGGAGGCAGGUCGAUUUGGACAGUUAACUUACGUCCGCAAUUAUCAGGGAGAACUGAAGAAGGGUGACACCAUCUUGAACACGAGGACGAAAAAGAAAGUGCGGGUGCAGCGGCUGGUUCGCAUGCAUGCCGACAUGAUGGAGGAUGUGGAGGAAGCGUAUGCUGGAGACAUCUGUGCAUUGUUCGGCAUCGACUGUGCUAGUGGAGACACGUUCACAGACAGAGAGAACAGCAAUCUCUCUAUGGAGUCAAUUCAUGUUCCUGAUCCUGUCAUAUCAAUAGCAAUGAAGCCUUCUAACAAGAAUGAUCUGGAAAAAUUUUCAAAAGGUAUUGGCAGGGUUACGAGAGAAGAUCCUACAUUUAAAGUCCACUUUGACCCUGAAAGCAAAGAGACUAUUGUGUCUGGAAUGGGAGAAUUACACCUGGAAAUCUAUGCUCAGAGAAUGGAAAGAGAAUAUGGCUGUCCUUGUAUCACAGGAAAGCCAAAAGUUGCCUUCAGAGAGACCAUUACCUCCCCUGUCCCGUUUGACUUUACACAUAAAAAGCAGUCAGGUGGUGCGGGCCAGUUUGGAAAGGUGAUCGGGGUGCUGGAGCCUCUGGACCCAGACAACUACACUAAGUUGGAGUUUGCAGACGAAACUUUUGGGUCAAAUGUUCCAAAGCAGUUUGUGCCUGCCGUAGAAAAGGGGUUUUUGGAUGCCUGUGAGAAAGGCCCUCUUUCUGGUCACAAGCUCUCUGGGCUCCGGUUUGUCCUGCAAGAUGGAGCACACCACAUGGUCGACUCCAAUGAAAUUUCCUUCAUCCGAGCGGGAGAAGGUGCUCUUAAACAAGCUUUGGCAAAUUCAACAUUGUGUAUUAUUGAACCAAUCAUGUCUGUGGAAGUUAUAGCUCCAAAUGAAUUUCAGGGGGCGGUGAUAGCAGGAAUUAACCGGCGCCAUGGGGUGAUCACAGGGCAGGAUGGCAUCGAGGACUACUUCACAGUCUAUGCGGAUGUACCUCUAAAUGAUAUGUUUGGCUAUUCCACGGAACUUAGGUCAUGCACAGAGGGCAAGGGAGAAUACACAAUGGAGUACUGCAGAUAUCAGCCAUGUUCCCCAUCUACACAGGAAGACCUCAUUAAUAAGUAUUUGGAAGCUACAGGUCAACUUCCUGUAAAAAAGGGAAAAGCCAAGAACUAACUUUCCUCAUUUUAAGUUAAUGAACUUCAAUUGUAUCUGCAAGCUUUGAUGGAUCCCAGGGGGAUGAAUUCAGGCUGCUGAAGCAAGAAAUUUUAGAAGCCCUUCUUAAGUCACACUCAAGAGCUUCUGCUGUAUUCACAGAUGGUUCUAUGUCUAUCUUAACUUUCUUGAUUGGUUUUAUAGGUAACAGAGAAACCUCAAAUAAAAUAUUAUUACUGAAA